AUGAGCCAGCAGUCACAAACGGGGCGUGCGGCCUCAUUUAACCGCGGCUACAAUGGCGGCGUCGACGGGCCUCAAAUCUACUCGGCAUCGUAUUCGGGUGUCGAUGUGUACGAGAUGGAAGUGAACAACGUGGCUGUCAUGCGCCGUCGCCACGAUUCCUGGCUGAAUGCCACGCAGAUUCUAAAGGUCGCCGGCGUCGACAAGGGGAAGCGCACCAAGAUUCUCGAAAAGGAGAUCCAGAUUGGCGAGCACGAAAAGGUGCAGGGAGGCUAUGGCAAAUAUCAGGGCACUUGGAUAAAAUUCGAGCGAGGAGUCGAAGUUUGCCGCCAGUACGGUGUGGAAGAGCUGCUGCGACCAUUGUUAACCUACGACAUGGGCCAGGAUGGUGGUGUUGCAGGCCGAGGCGAUUUCAACACCCCUACCAAGGAGCAAGCCAUGGCGGCGCAGAGGAAACGCAUGUAUAAUGCUGGGGGGGAUGGAAGACCCAAUGGUCUGUCGGGCACCUUUUUCAAGAACAUUUCUAGCACGGCCUCACACGCAGUUGCUGCUAUCAGCAAAGCUCGUUUUGGCUCCCCUGGACCCCGAAACCGAAAUGCCCCGUCAAGAGCCCCCAGCUUCAGCCGCCAACCCUCGAUGCAGAAUGGCGACGAUUUUCCCGGAAACUCGCAGCAAAGUUACACCUCCGACUACACUAACCAAGGCCAGUCGCAGCACCAACAACAGCAACCGAAUGGUAGUGUGAGCAUGCCUGACAACGAGCCGCCUAGAAAACGCGCACGGGUUACCAUGACUCCCGCCGACAGCUUUGGGGCCUAUGGACAGAACAUGGAGGUCUACGCCAACGCCUUUCCGGGAUCACCCACGGAACCAAACGAGUCCUUCGUAUAUACUCAGCAGAGCGCAAUUAACGAUCGCGACGCCGUCGACGAAGGCAAGGGCCCGUCACCCCCGCUUCCCUACGAGAUGUCUCCCGACGUUGAGAUGAAACGCAGCAUGCUGAUGGGGCUCUUCAUGGACUCAGCUACGGAGGAACUAUCACAUGAUAUGCUUCAGACAUUUACGCCUCUGGAACUCGAUAUGCCCAUUGAUCCUCAAAGCCACACUGCACUUCACUGGGCAGCCACACUGGCACGAAUGCCUCUUUUGCGGGCUCUCAUCACCGCUGGAGCCUCGCCGCGACGGGUGAAUGCUUCGGGAGAGACUGCCCUUAUGCGGGCAUGCCUCGUCACAAACUCCAUGGACCAGGGCUCAUUCCCAGACCUUCUUGAGGUUUUGGGUGGUACUAUUGAGUUCCGUGAUCACAAGGGACGAACCGUUUUGCAUCAUAUUGCCGUGACAAGUGCGGUCAAAGGCCGCAACGCCGCCAGCCGAUAUUAUCUCGAGAGCUUAUUGGAGUGGGUAGUUCGACAGGGCAGCGUCCCCAACAGCCAAGCAACACAGUUGAAUGGUAACGGUAUCAAUGGCUCACAAUCCAUUCCCAAAAUGGGCAUCGCACGAUUCAUGUCCGAGAUUGUCAAUGCCCAGGACAGCUCAGGAGAUACAGCACUCAACAUUGCAGCUCGAAUUGGAAACAGGAGUAUAAUAUCUCAGCUUCUCGAGGUCGGAGCCGAUCCAGAGAUUGCCAACCGCGUCGGUCUACGGCCACUGGAUUUUGGUAUUGGUGGUGAAAAUGCUGAAGGAAAGCAAAAUGGGGAUGCAACUGCUGAGAAGAAUGGCGCCCCGGGAUCCAGCCAGCGAAGUCGUGAAAGUAGCGAUGAGAUUAUUGAUUCCAUUACCCAUCUCCUGAAUGAAACUGGCGCCACUUUCCAGCAGGAAAUGAAGAGCAAACAGGCUUCUCUAGACAACCUACAUUCUACCCUCCGAACUACCUCCACCCAGCUAGGAGAGGCCCGCCGAAGCGUCGAGCAAAUCACGGCCACCCUCAAGAAGCAACAACUAGCCCGCCAAAAGGUCGCCAACCUCACCCAUGCUCGAGAAGACGACCAAUUCAGAAUCAUGAACGAGCAAUCCAACGCAGCUCAGUCCAACCCAUCAUCAUCAUGGGAGACCGAACUCGCCGCCAUGCUGGAGGCUGCAGAGGAGGCCUCAACGUCAGGUGGUUUCGCCAGCGAGGGAAUGCUGCCCUCUGCGACAAUAUUGCGGGCACGAAUCCGCGCCAUCGAAAGCCGCAGAGAAGUCACCCGCAAAAUGGUCUUGGCCCUCAAGGGGCGAAGCCGCGACGUCGAAGUUAAGUAUCGUCGUGUCGUUGCGCUGUGCACAGGCGUCCCGGAGACGGAAGUAGAUGCCGUCGUGGACGGUCUCCUCAAGGCCGUUGAAAGCGAGAAGGACGAGCUGGAGAUAGGAAGGGUAAGGAGAUUCCUCGGAGGAGUCGAGGGUGUUGUGCACUAGUGAUCGCGCUCACCUCGUUGGAUCUUCUUAUUCCGCUCCCUUUUUCGCUUUUACUUUUGCUUUGGUCUCUUGAAAAGUAGCGCUUUUUGUUUUUGUUUUAUUCCCGUCGAAUUCGUUGUAUAUUGUACACUGCAUAUGUGGGACAAUUUUCCGGCAUGGGCAUAUCGGACAUUAUUCUGGCCUCUUUUUUUCUCGACCUUCUUCAUGACGGUCCUCAUUUCACCCCCCUUUUUGUGGCGGUACAUCACAUUACUUUAUAUAUAUAUACAUACAUACAUA